AUGGAAAAAGAUACAACGGAUAUAACGCGUCUAGUGGAAGAAAACAAAGUGCAUGGAGAGACUAUGCGAAAAUGUAUGUUGAAUUCUCGGUCUACAUCCGAUCAAAUCGCCCAAUUAAAGAAAGAAGUCCAGAGUUAUGACAGCAAGCUCGGGGCGGUGUCUGUGGCUUUAGAUAAUCGCCGGUUACAACAAUUGAAAGAGCACACAGACCUCAUCGAAGAGAAAAUGUCCCACACUCAGACAGACUUCGACAAUAUGGUCACGAGAUUUGCAGCAGAGGCACAAAAUAUCGCUACUAAAGCCGCCAGGUAUGAGAUAAUUGGAAAGAAUAGUUCUAGGGACCGCCAGAUUGACGAUCUAGCACAAUCUAUCAGACCGAUAAUGCUCCGUCUAGCAGGGUUAGAGAGCACUGAGAAGCAGUCUGAUAAAAUGGUAAUGAUGCGUCUGGCAGCGCUGGAGAAGAACGAGAGACAGUCUGGUGAAAUGGUAAUGAUACGGUUGACAGCAUUGGAGGAGAAUAACGAGAGACAAGUUUCUAGGAUCUUAGAAUUAGAACGAGGAAAUGAGAGCUUGGAAAGAGAAUCAAUGAAGUUGCGACAACCAUCGUAG